CGUCACCGCCCAGCUCCCAGGAAGCUCCGAGAUUUCCUCGUUUCGCGGGACUCGGAGGGUUCGGCGGCGGUAAAUGCGGCCGUGAGUCCGGCAGCGAUGGGGAAGAAGCAGGAGGAAGAACCGGAACACGGAGAACCGGCUCAGUUUGACCCAAGCUUCAAUGGACCGCUGAGGAAAAGAAGCUGCACAGAUAUAAUCUGCCUCUUCCUAUUUUUGGCGGUCAUUCUUGGAUAUAUCGCUCUUGGGAUUUUAGCCUGGCUCUACGGAGAUCCCAGACAUGUUCUGUAUCCACGGAAUUCAACCGGAUGGUUUUGUGGAGUUGGACCAAACAAAGACAAACCGAAUCUGUUUUACUUUGACAUUCUGAAAUGCGCCACGUCGGUGAACGUGAUGGCGUCGGCUCUGAACGGCCUUCAGUGUCCCACCACUCAGGUGUGUGUCAAACAGUGUCCCUCUGAAUUUUGGGUCGUAAAUCCUCUGGACUUCGCAGAGAAGCCGGACAAAGUUUUUGCUCCUGAUCUGUGUGUUCCAUCCACCAGCCUGACCUCGGCAGAAGUGACGGUGAAAGGAAUCCUGGAUAAGGAGCUGUGUCCUUUCUACUACACGCCCACAAGCCCCGUGUUGGGACGAUGUUUGCCGGAUCUGAGCGCUCUGGGAAAGAUCCCGCCGUCCUUCACGUCCGACUCUGGAGGCCUCCUACCGUCCAUCAACGACACCGUCAGUCUUCUGAAGAACGGAACCGGGGACAUCGCUAACAGUUUCAGUGCCAAAGAUGUCGGGAUCCGGAUCUUUGAGGACUUCGCGUCCGCCUGGCCGUGGAUCCUCCUCGGUCUGGUUAUCGCCAUGCUGGUGAGCAUGCUGUUCCUGCUGCUGCUGAGGUUCACCGCGCCGGUCAUGGUCUGGCUGCUGAUCAUCGGCCUGCUGGCGGCUGGAGCCUACGGGAUCUGGCACUGCUACUGGGAGUACGACCAGUACAGAACUCAGGGCGCCAAAAUCUCCGACGUGGGGUUGACCACAAACGUUAAGAUUUACCUGCAGGUUCAAGAAACGUGGCUGGCUUUCUUGAUCAUGGUAUCUGUGGGCGAGGCCAUCAUCCUGCUGACCCUCAUCUUCCUGCGGACCAGAAUCCUCAUCGCCAUCGCUCUCAUUCAGGAGUCCAGCAAAGCCAUCGGUCACAUGAUGUCCGCUCUGUUCUACCCUCUGUUCACCUUCGUUCUCCUCUUGAUGUGCGUGGCCUACUGGAGCGCCACCGCCUUAUAUUUGGCCACGUCUGGAGAACCGGUCUACAAAGUCGUGGCCCUGAACUCCACAGCGUCUGGCUGUGACGCCGUCAACGGCACCGUGACCUGUGACCCUCAGGUGAGUCACCUGACCUUCCUGAAAAUGAUCGUUUACCAAAGAAAAACUAAAGUAAGUGUCUCGUUUCAGAGCUUCAACUCAACGAAUUACCCAGAAUGCCCCUCAGCCAGGUGCAUCUUCAUCACCUACAACGAGGAGGGUCUCUUCCAGAGGAACCUCUUCAACCUGCAGAUCUACAACGCCAUCGCUUUUCUCUGGUGUGUCAACUUCGUCAUCGCCCUGGGCCAGUGCACGCUGGCGGGGGCCUUCGCCUCCUACUACUGGGCCUUCAACAAGCCGGAUGACAUCCCCUUUUUCCCCGUCACCGGCAGCUUCCUGCGCUCCCUCAGGUACCACGUCGGCUCGCUGGCGUUCGGAGCUUUGAUCCUGACGCUGGUGCAGAUCGUCAGAAUUCUGCUGGAGUACAUCGACCACAAAACCAGAUCUGCGCAGAACGCGUGUGCACGCUUCAUCCUGUGCUGCAUGAAGUGCUGCCUGUGGUGUUUGGAGAAGUUCAUCAAGUUCCUGAACCGGAACGCCUACAUCAUGAUCGCCAUUUAUGGGAAAAACUUCUGCGUUUCGGCCAAAAACGCCUUCAAGCUGCUGAUGAGGAACAUUUUAAGGGUGGUGGUGCUGGACAAAGUCACCGACGUGCUCCUGUUCUUCGGGAAGCUCCUGGUGGUGGGGGGAGUAGGCGUUUUGGCUUUCUUCUUUUUUUCUGGACGUAUUCAAGCUCCAGGCAACUCCUUCAGCUCCCAAAACCUCAACUAUUACUGGAUGCCAAUUAUUACGGUGGUGUUCGGGAGCUACCUGGUCGCUCACGGCUUCUUCAGCGUCUACAGCAUGUGUGUCGACACGCUCUUCCUCUGCUUCCUGGAGGACCUGGAGCGUAACGACGGAUCCGUGCAGAAGCCUUACUACAUGUCCAAAAACCUCAUGAAGAUCCUCAAUAAAUCCAACAAGGCACAAAAACAGGCAGGAUAACACAACUGAAGGUCACAAUCGCACUUUUUAUGGAAGAUUUUUACUUUUUUAAACACUAUUAUAUUGCAAAGAUGUCAAAAUGGAUUUGCCGAUUUUGCACAUUUUGUCUUGUUGCAUGUGCAUCUAUAUUCAUGUCGAAAUUUUAGUUUCUCAUCUGCUGAAAUUUGUUUUUCUAGAGACAUAAAUAUGACAUUUAGACUGACAUUUAAUCAAAGUUUGUCCAUUAUAUUUAGCAGCUCAAUUUUGCUUAAAAAAUAAGUUUUAAAGUAUAUUUUUAAAAAUGUAAUUUAUGAAGGUUUACAUGUUUUAUUUAGAAAAUUGUGAAAUAAAGUUUUAAUUCCCUCAGCUC